ACUAGGAAUAAAUAUCGAAAACCAGAGUAUAAUCGAAGACGAAGCAUCAUUGAUACCUAAAGAGGAAAACUAACGCAAGGAAAAUGGAGAAAUCUCAGAUAUGGUUAGCCUUUGGAACCAUGUUGUCCUUCUUAUUGACAUCAACAAUGGCGGCCGACGUUGUCGUACUAACUGAAGAAAGCUUCCACAAGGAAGUCGGUCAAGACAGAGGAGCUCUCGUUGAGUUCUAUGCACCUUGGUGUGGACACUGUCAGAAGCUAGCUCCCGUAUAUGAGAAGCUUGCGCAGAGUUUUAAGAAGGCUAAAUCCGUCUUGAUUGGAAAGGUGGACUGUGAUGAGCACAAGAGUCUUUGCAGCAAAUAUGAUGUUCAAGGCUACCCAACUGUACAAUGGUUCCCUAAAGGCUCUUUGGAACCUAAAACGUAUGAAGGGCACCCAACUGUUGAGGCCCUUACUGAGUUUGUGAAUACUGAAGGAGGGACCAAAGUGAAGAUAGCCGCAGUGCCAUCCAGUGUUGUAGUGCUAAAUGCUGAUAAUUUUGAUGAGGUUGUUCUUGAUGAGACCAAAGACGUGUUGGUUGAGUUUUAUGCUCCUUGGUGUGGCCAUUGCAAAAUCCUUGCCCCUACCUAUGAAGAGGUAGCGACAGCAUUUAAAAUGGAAGAUGAUGUAAUAAUAGCUAAUCUAGAUGCCGAUAAAUACAAAGAUUUAGCGGAAAAGUACGAAGUAACCGGAUUUCCGACAUUGAAAUUCUUUCUCAAGGGCAACAAAACUGGUGAAGAUUACAAUGGUGAAAGAGAUUUGAAUGCUUUUGUUGCUGUCAUCAAUAAAAAGUGUGGCACCAAUCGUAAUGCAAAAGGGCAGCUAACUUCAAAGGCUGGUAUUUUGUCAAGUUUGGAUCCAUUGGUUAAGGAGUUCGCCGCUGCUACCGGCGAUGAGAAGAAAGCAGCAUUUUCAAAGAUCGAAAAGGAAGUCGAGAAAUUCAAGGGUUCCUAUUCGAGGUAUGGAAAUAUAUACUUGAAAGUUGCUAAAAACUGUUUGGAGAAGAAAGAUGCUGAUUAUCCAAAGAAGGAAAUUGAACGUCUGCAACGCAUUCUUCACAAGUCAAUAAGCCCGGCAAAAGCUGAUGAAUUCACUCUCAAGAAGAACAUCCUAUCAAAAUUUGCAUGA